AUGUGGAAAACCACAUUGAACUUGUCAAUGCAAUUAAUAGGAAAAAACUUAAAUGUAAAAAUAUUUCAUGCAGAUUUCAAAAAAGCUGCACAUAUUGCAGUUCUUCAGAGUUUUCUGCUGUGUAAAAUAAUAUGUUGUACAUUCCAUUUAGGAAAAAGUUGGUUCAGGCGUUUGAAAAAAAAUAUAAUAUUACUAAAAGAAUACUCAAAAAAUGAUUCGGAAAUCGGAAGGUGGCUUAAAUAUUUUUUUGGUUUACCUUAUCUAAACUCUGAUGAAGUUCCGGACGCAUUUACGGAGCUAAUCUCAAUAGCUCCUAGUAAUAUAAGUAUGGAUUUUUCGGACUAUAUUUUAAAAAAUUAUAUUGAUUUUGAUGCUGAUUUUGGGCCAGAAUUAUGGGCAAGUGCACCAGACGAUAGCCCUAGAACAACAAACGGAGCUGAAAACUUUCAUAUGCACUUUAAUAGCCAGUUUUAUACCCCCCACCCCCACAUUCACAAAAUCAUACAAAUACUAAUGGAAAUUCAAGUCGACACCGAUUUAAAAAUAAACUCAUUAAAAAAAAAAUAAGGAAAACACACGUAGGACAGAAAUAUUAAAAAAACAAAAUUUUUUGAAAAAAA